GCCAUGGAGAUAUUGAUUAGGCAGCAGCUGUCAGAUGCUGAGAAACAACAAAAUGUUGAUGCUUUGAAAAGUACCUACAACUUGAUCAAAUCAGCACAUGAUGGGAAAUCUGCCCUUGAUUCCUUGGAGAGUUUCUCUUUUGACUUAUAUGUCUUAUGUGCAGAACAAGCGUAUCAGAUGGGUCUUCCUGAAAUAAGCCGUGACUGUCUACAAAUGUAUUUUAAAGGGAAAGCUCCCGUUAACCAAUUCCUGGGCAGAGCGUAUUUGUGCCAGAGCCAGUUAUAUACUCCUGUAUCUACUGACAAUUUGAUACUAUUUUUUGAUAUAUAACGCAUCAUCUAUUUAUUGGAAAAAUAUAAGACCAUUUUUAAAGCCCGGGUUCCGCUACUUUCUCAUACCGAGCCUCUCUCAGAUUGUGUCCGCAUUGAAUCAUCCCAACGAGGAAGACAAAGAUUGGACAGCAGAACUUAUGAUAGAAUUGCUUGAGUGUUUCCUGGAUGCUUCCAGAAUGGAAGAAGCCACAACCUUUUCAUCCACUGCAGCUACAUUCAUUGAAGAAAAUGUGCCAAGUAGAUAUAAGGAUUUAUUUUCAAUAAUGGUGCGUAACAAACUAGUGGAAGUUUCAGAGAUAGAAGAUAAACUUGAAAGCUGUAUUAGUUUGAACAUCAUAUAUAAAAUUCAAACAAUCAAAGGGCAAUUAGAUAAAAAUCAGAUUCCAGAAGAUGCUCUUACAGAUUUGAAUAACAUAUUUGAACUUUUGAAAGGAUCUAAAAAGGAAAUACAGCGUAAUGAAAGAAUUUCUUUGCUGCUAGAACUGGCACGACUUUCCUUGAGAUUAAAUUGUAUAAGUAUUGCAAUGUUAUGUUUAAAAGAGUUGAAGAAUUAUAAAAUUCACGACCGAGGAAGAGAAAUUGAAUUAGAUUGCUUGGAAUGUGACUUCGAAGUCCAAAAACUUGGGCCUAAAAUUGAAACUUAUGCUAAAAGCGUUGUUGAGGUUCAGUUAAAUGCUAUACAGAAACUUGAUUUAAUUUUGAACCGUGCAAUUCGGCUGAGAGAUCCUAAUAUUAUUCAGGCGGUAUGUACUACCCAGUGGAAUAUCUGCUUACCUCUGUUGCAACACAAUUUGCAACAUCACAUACGAAAACCCCUGUUAGCAAUUGCUGAAGUGCUAGAGAAGAUUGACAGCAUGUUGAUUUUAUUGCGUUGUCAAGUUCAUAUGGAAAUUGCUCGUAUUGAAGAAAAAUCGGACAGAGUAGAGACCGCAAUGGAACACCUGGAGAAGGCCAUCAAACUUGAUAACAACGGACAGUACCACGAAUAUCUGAAAAUGGCUUUCCAUCGGCUUAGCUUAAAUACCAUGCUGUACAAGUCUUUGGAGCGCCUGGAAGACCAAGCAAGUUUGAUGAUUGAACAGGCUAAAAAAGGAACCGCAAAUGACAGUGUGAGGAAAAAACGCUCUCUGUUGGUGAAUGCUGGCUUUGCUCUAGCACCGGAGGCUUUUCAGGUGGUUCUUGAUAGUGAAAACGAGGCUAAAGUUCCCCCAAGUAAACAUAAAGAUCAAAUUAGCUAUCUCUGUGCGAAAGCAGAGCACCACGCUAAAAAUGUAGAGAAAGUAGAUGGACAUUUGAAGAGACUAGGACAUGAAAACGAAAAAGAAAGAAUCCGCCUGUGGUCAGAAAUAGCCAAAACAGCACGGAAGCAAAGCGUGUGGGACGUUUGUCGGGCUGCCUGUAGGUUCUGUCUCUUGUAUGAUGAUAAUCAAGCAAUAAAGCUAUCGAAACGCAAAAGAUUGGUGAAGAAGAAAGGCAGCGUAAGUACAACAGCUGAGGAGCCUGAAGGAAACGUAUUAAGAGAGUCACCGGUGCCUACUAAAGUAUUUUCUUUAGAAAGGGAUCUACUUAGAACCUUAGCAGAAGUAAGAUGUAUCAAUGCAGAGGCUACAAUUCAGUUACUAAGAACAGAAGGCGUCCAGCUCAAUGAUUAUCCUGUCCUCCCCGUAGAGGCAAAUACACACAUUUCAGGAAACUCUCAACAUUCAACACGAAGUGGAAAAGAAUCCGAUUGGAACGUAUACAGCAACUGGAUAAACCGCUUAUCUCAAUAUGCUAUGGAAAACUUUCUACGAGCUGUCAGAAUUGGAGAGGAGUUAAAUGAAGCCUGGAUUGUACACAACACUGUGGUGUAUGUCUUAAAUCACAAUAAGCAUCUGAUUAUUUUAAAAAGGCAGAGAGAACUUGUUGAACCCUUUCAGAUUCUUUUCAAUGCUGUUAAGAAUAUUGGGAAUUUUGGGAAUUGCACUGUUUUAGCAACCUUAUGCAACGCUCUGGCAAGAGGGCUGAUUCUUCCUUGGAUUCCCAAAAGGGUUUCCAAAACGGAUGAAAAGAAACUGAACGAGGAAGGGCCCGCCAAACGUAAAAAGACUGCCUUGAAAGGACACGAUAAAUCACUCACCGCUCUAAUUCUACCUGUGGAUCCAGCUGGACUCCACGAUAUUAAAGCAGCCGUAGAGAGUAAUGAUGAUGGGACAAGUCCCAUGACGAAGGUUUUUAUUGGCCUGGAAAUGUAUUCGUGCAAUGGUUUGGGCCUUAUGGACUUUUUACUUCCCAAUGUGUCUCAGUUGGUGAAAAUGUCUCUGGAGUGCAGUUGGUCAGACUCGCUUGUAGAGCUUCAGACACUGACCAGACUCAUGCAUUUUGCACAUAAUCUCCAUGACCAUGAACUGGUGUUAACUUGUGCUCAGACGAUUAUGGAAUUGGGUCAAGUGCCAUUUAACACAGAUCCAAAGAAAAAAGGAAUAAAUGAUUACAGUGCCAGACAAGAAAUGCUGAGUAUUGCUUUUUGUACUCAAGGGAAGAGUAUCAUGGAAAACCUGGCGGGCAAAAAACAUUUGCGAGUUACGGCGUCAAAGUCCUUUGUUGAAAGUGCAAGAUAUGCAGGAGAAGCAGGAAAUCUUCACCUUGCCAUGGUAGCAGCUCGGAAUUUCUGGAAUGCUUGUUUACCUUUCAUUGGUUCUUCAGCAGACAGACAGCACCUCAAAGCGCCCACUGAAGUCAUUCUCAAGAGCAUCAUUAAGGCAUCAGAGGCCAAAAGUAAGCAGGAAGUGGGCAAUAUGUUACACUUGCAUCAGUGGCCUACAAUAGAUUUUCAGAGCAUCAGCCCAUCAGACGGGCAUUUUUAUCCAGGUGCUGAAGAGGAUUUGACCUUAAGAACAUUCUUGUAUGUGUUACUGUUCCAAGCACAUGCUGAUAAAAAUGACUGGGAGACAGGCCUUAAAGUUUUAGAUGAAGCUGUUCAGAUUCUUCCUCGCACAAAGCACAGGCUCCCAAUUUUUAAGCACAUGGUCAUGGUGAAGGCAAGACUAGGACGUAAUUAUAUAAUGGAAAUUCAGAAAUUCCGCGAUGAAACUGAAGACUACAUGUCAGACAUGUGGCAUCGUUUGGCAUCUGUUUCCUAUGAUAUUGUGGGGCAAUUAUCUUGCUACCAAAAUGCAAUUGAAGUUUUACAGAAAAAGGAAAGUGAAUUAAAGAAAGUGGAUAAUAUCUUAGGAGUUGCAGAAUGGCUGUAUUGCAAGCAGUUUCCUCUUAGUGAGGCUAUUAAGCACCUGGAAUGGGCAAUAAAUAUGCUAUUGUAUCUCAAGCCUCUCCAAAAGAGCCCUGACGAAGAAGAAUUAAGAAACCAAAUGAGUAUUGGAGAAUUAAGAAGCAUAAAACAGCUAGAAGCUUUAUUUAGAGCUUAUACAAUAAUGGCAGUCAUUUCUGGCCACCAUUCAACUUUUUACGAGCAAUACUGUUUGAUGGCGUAUGCUUUCGUGAUUCGCAUGUGGCAGAUGUCAUUCACAGCAGCAGGAUUGUUUUUAAAGGCACAGACCAAAGUUUCCCCAGCCCAAUCAGCCACUCCAAAAUCAAAAGGCAAAAAGGAUGCACUAAAGCCCGAUUCUGCUCAGGUUUCGCCUACAAGCCCUCCUAAGAAAGAUAAAGAGAAAUCCCCCAAAGAUGCAAAGAAGGGACCCUCAGCCAGUAGAGAGAAGGUGAAAAGGAAGGGGCCGAUUGACGUCUUGCCUGCAAAUGUGGAGGAAUGGGCUAACUAUGAGUGCCCUGAUGAGAUAAGAGAAGCCUUUAAACAGGACUCAACUGGCUGCACUGUGAACAGAGAAACUAUUUUAGCACCUACACGCACCUUAUAUUACUUGGACCUUUUACUUAGGGAGCUACAGUCCAUGUUAUGUACUCACAUGACUCUGCCGCUACUUCACUUGGCUGAAAUCAUUGCUCACGAUGUUGUUGAAAGCAAAAGUCUGUCAAAUCUCUACCGUCUCAGGCUUGCCAAAAUAUGUUUAGAUUUAAAAAUGUAUCAAGCAGCAUCUUUCCAUGAAAAGGCAGUGGGUGACAUCUUUAUUAAUGAAAAGGAGCAAGGAAGAUUUAGACAAGAGAUUGCAUUUAAAAAUGAGAAUGCCAUACAGGAUAACCAAAUGGAAAAUAAAAAUUUGGAUUGGACAGAACUAGAUAUGGAGCAAAGAAAGAAGCUAUUUAAUGCAAAAGAUAAGAUUUUGGAAGUCAGAAAUGAACAGUCCGUGUGGUGCAUCACGAUGCCUUUAUCUUCUGGCUGUGCUGGCUAAUUUGGAGAAGAACCACGGCCAGGCAAAGGCGCUGCUUGAAAAGGCCCGCUUGAUAGGUGGAAACGAACAGUUUUGGCACAGCAGCACUUUUGCCCUCACCGAUGCGAUUUUAGGAGACGACCAGGAAGUAAAUGAGAAAAUGAUGCAGGCUGGCCAUUUUCUGCAAAAAAACAUAAAUGUCUUGAGGCCGUUAUUGAAGGAAAGACCCAACCGAGAACCUGAACUGGGUUUUAUAAUAGCAUGCUUUGAAGCCAGGAAAUCGUAUAUACAGAUAGAUUUGGUUAAAUAUCUCAUUAACACUAGCGGUUUUUCUGAAGAGUUGGCAACAAUAUUGCUGGAAUCCUACGAUAAGUUAAUUCACAUACAGGAGACCUUCCUUUCUAGCGGAUAUAAAGACCGUAGUGCUGAUGCAUUGAUGGCCUGUGCAAAUAUUCAUAGGAUACUUGGCAAACAUACAGAACUUGCGGCAGACAAGCAAAAUCAUUACAUAGAGGCAUAUAGAUUAGCACAACGUGGAGUAUCACGAAUGGAAGAGCUUUUUCAACACAUUAAUAAUAUACUUCCAAUUAAUGAGACUAGAAAUAUAAACACACCUUUAAUGAGAAGACUUGCAAACAUGAAGGUGAACUUUAUAGAGAUCAUUUUGGAUAUUUUUGUUCUUAUCAAUAUUGAAAAAAAGAACAGAGAAGCCAGAGCAGACCAAAUUGAGCACAUUAUUGAGAAUUUUGUAAGGUUUACACCUGAUACUGCUUCAGAGGAACAGGCUUGGAUCACCCUUGGGCAAACAGUGGGCCACAAUGCCCAUGCUCAGCUUACAAGCCUGUCGAGUCUUUGUGGUGGCUGUCCUGACAUCAGAGCCAAGUAUCUCUAUCUGACUGGGAGGAGUCUACAUUUCCUAGCUAAUCAUAUGGAGCCUUUUAAUUUGGAUAUUCAGUGGUGUGAAACUCCAAUCGAGGUGCCUAAAAUUAAUUCUGAGAAAUCUCCACCACCAGAAGCAGAAACAAUAGAUGAACAAAAUGAAGUCCCAAGUCCUCUAUUGCAACUUACUAAAAAGCAGCUCGAUGACUACAGGAAAAAAGCCAAUGAAUUAAGGAAGAGGCAGAUGUGGACUCAUGAAUACAUAUUUCAAUCAACUGAGGUUUUGCUGCAGUGCAUUAAUGUUGCAAUUAAUAACAACCUGAUCGAUAUGUUGGCAGCUGCUAGUUUGGAAAUGGUGGAGUGCUUUGGACAAUUUGAUCCAGUUUCAGCGAGUCAGUUUUUAGCUCUUUAUCAGAGUUGCACGGCAUCCUUGAUUAUGAAAGAGAUCCUGUUAGGGGCCACCUUGAACAGCAGCAGUUCACAGAUGGCAGCCAUGUUGCAUCUGCAGCACAACUUGCAACAAAGAGGAGAGACAAGUGGCCUCCUCAAAACCGUAGAACAGAGGUUGGCUGCUAUAUCAAAGGCAUGGGGAAGCCUCUCCAUUUCUUCAAAUCAUUUUAAUAUCAUGAAUGAACUGCCAGCAAAUUUUCAUAUAGUUAUUCUCCAGCAUUCAGGAGACAGGUCUCUGUUGUAUGGGGCUGUGCUUGAGAAAGUAAAGCCCACCAACCCUAAAGACCAGAAGGAACAAAAGGAAAAGGGGGGACACCUGAAGGAAAAAGGCGGGAAGGAAAAAGGAGGACAACAGAAAGGAAAAUUUGCUCAACUAACUUUGCAGGCUAAAAUAGUCCGGAGCCCUGUGAAUCCUGAAACAUUCUUAAAUAUUUUGGAAAAAACUGAGACUUAUAGAGAGGAGAUGAUGGAUAGUCUUUUGAGAGAAAUAGAAGAAAAUGAGUUUCAAAGAAAAAUAUAGAAGAUGGAGAUGAACCAGAUUUAGAUUCUAUGUUUCAAAUGAUAUUGUCAGAUAUGGAAGAAUAUUUGAAG